AUGGCGAAUGCAAGCAAACACUUGCAACCUUCAGGCAAUGACAGGAAGUACCAGGGCACGUUGGUUGCUUCUCCAGCAAAGGUCAUUUCACCUAAGUGUGUGAACCGCAUUGUGCCAUCAAAACAACUGAUCUUGGGUGGGGAUUCAAUAGGCCAUGUGGCAUCAUUUCUGAUUAAGGUCGUUGCUCUUGAGGCAGUCAGAAGAGUUUCUAAAGCAAGAUGCCCUUUCAUAUGGAAUUCUGUUCAAGCAUUGCAAAUCCUUGUGUAUCCUCCAUUUAGUUGGAUCCAAAGAUGGGCACCACUCAAAUUUCUCGUGCAGGGAAUUCAGAAACUAUCCAUGCCACUGUUGUUUCUGUUAGUCACAACAACAGUAAGUGAGCUGUCUUCCAAGCGUGACGAUGAACCAGAUAACAAUACCGAACAUUCUGAGACGCCUUCUGAAACAAAUGAAGUGGCAUCAACUUCCGGCACAAGCGAUGCUGCUGAUGGCACAAAGGAAAUCGUGCAAGAGAACUGGCUUGUGUUACUUUUCAGGGAGCUUGAGAAGCAAGGAAUCACUUUGCCCGAGAGGUUUCCUGAAGAUGAGUUACGCAGAUUUUAUGUCGCUGCAAAUGGUGACUUUUCAAGUUUACUCUCUUCGGUUAAGAAGACAAUUCGUUGGAGGGAAACGUUUCACAUACUUACAUUGCAAGAACUUGAUAAAUGGUCUCACUUAGUCUUUUGGCAUGGAUUUGACACGAUGCUUCGGCCUUGUUUAGUAAUUCGUCUCGGACUUGCAUGCUCCAGCAUACCUCCUCGUGAUAGACCCCGUUUCGGGCAAGCAGUAGUUUCUCAAAUUGACCAUGGUGUUGUAAAUUUGAGCAAUGAAGAAGAUUCAAGAAUUACCGUUUUGCUGGAUUGCCAUGGGAUUUCUCCAUUCAGAUUUCCAAUGCAAAUGAUGAGGUCAUUUAUCACUGUAGUUCAAGAAAACUACCCGAAUCGUCUUGGGGUAUUGUUUGUUGUCCGCCUUCCUCCAGUUGUCAGAGUUAUUGCACAGACAUUUCUUCAAGUUUUGAAACCAUCUACAAAGCAGAAGUUACGUUUUGAGGGAGAUUCGUACAAGAAGACAUUGGCAGAGUUCUUGCAGGUUGUGCCAGCAUUUCUGGGCGGUAAAUGCAGCUGCCCACAAUGUGAGAAGCCUCGUAAUAGUUCAGUGAUACAGGCAGGGGAAGGGAGCAAGAACCAGCCUCGCUUGGUCAGCGUUGAUGACGGAUCACCUGUCACAGACUUCGAUGAAGAAGAGAUCCCAUCAGCUUAUAGCUGUGAGAAUGCCAUCAGGGCUGCAAUAAUCGGCCUGCUGAUGGAUUCGUUUUUGAUGACUUCAUCAAGAAGCAACAGCAGGAGCAGAAGUAGGAGCCACAGUCGCAGCAGGAGCAGGAGCCGCAGUCCUCGCCGAAGAGAUAGGUUGCGCAGUGAACGUGCACCCCGCCGCAGUCGCAGUCGCAGCAGGAGCCGCAGCCCAUACCGUCGCAGAGAACGGCGUGGCUACAGGGAUCUUGUAUGCAAGAACUGCCGGAGACCUGGGCACUUCGCUAAGGAGUGCCCAUCUGCGCCUACGUGCAAUAACUGUAACCUUCCAGGGCACUUUGCAGCAGAAUGCACCUCACAAACUGUUUGCUGGAACUGCAAAGAGUCUGGGCACAUUGCCAGUGAGUGCAAGAAUGAGGCCCUGUGCCACACCUGCAACAAGACAGGUCAUUUGGCACGUGAUUGCCCUACUUCAGGGGCUAGUGUUAAGCUAUGCAACAAAUGUUUUAAACCAGGCCACAUCGCUGUUGACUGCACCAAUGAACGGGCCUGCAACAACUGCCGUCAGCCAGGGCACAUAGCUCGGGAGUGCAAGAACGAACCUGUUUGCAACCUGUGCAAUGUCUCUGGCCAUGUCGCGCACGUCUGUCCAAAGACGACUCUGGCUUCAGAGAUACAGGGUGGCCCAUUCCGUGAUAUCCUUUGCCGCAUCUGUGGUCAGCCAGGGCACAUCAGCCGCAACUGCAUUGCAACCAUCAUCUGUGACACAUGCGGUGGGAGGGGGCACAUGUCUUAUGAGUGCCCGUCGGCCAGGAUAUUCAAUCGCGAGCUCCGCAGGAUCUGA